UGGCGGCGGCGGCUCUGAACGGGAAAAAACUGAAAAGCAUGGAGGAGCUGAGCGGACCCAGCAUCCUCACAUCCAUGUAUUGGCUCUUCGGUAAAGGCUACUUCCAGAAAACGCACCAAAUGCAGGUUGAACACCGAAACAUAUACGGUCCACUUUGGAAGUCGAAGUUUGGUCCGUUGGUCGUCAUCAACGUGGCAAGUGCUGAGCUCAUUGAGCAAAUGCUGAGGCAGGAGGGACGGCACCCGGUCCGCACAGACAUGCCCCACUGGAGAACCUACCGAGAGCUUCGCAGUUAUUCCUAUGGUCCGCUUACUGAACUGGGUGAUAAAUGGCAGCGAAUCAGGAGCAUCUUGAAUCCCAGAAUGCUGAAACCCCAGCAUGUGUCCAGCUACAGCAGUAUUAUCAAUCCGGUGGUGACCGACUUUAUCCACAAAGUGGCUUGGAUCAGACAGACAAAGGGAGAUGGGAUCAUUGUUCCUGAUGUCACAGGAGAACUGUACAAAUUUGCCUUUGAAGGGAUCUGCUCAGUCCUGUUUGAGACUCGAAUGGGGUGUCUGAAUGAGAACAUCCCAGAAGAGACGCAGAAGUUCAUCUUCUCUGUGGGGGAGAUGUUCCGCCUCUCUCAUAUUGUCAUGUUGUUUCCCAAGUACACCUGGUCUUACCUCCCCUUCUGGAAGCACUUUGUAGCUGCCUGGGAUCACCUCUUCAAAGUUGCACACAAGUUGGUGGAACAGAAGAUCACUGAUAUCCAGGAGAAGGUGAAGCUGGGGGAGCCUGUGCAGGGGGCAUACCUGACACAUUUACUGAUGAGCGAGCAGAUGUCCUUGCAUGAGAUCCUGGGCAGCAUCACAGAACUCCUGCUGGCAGGAGUGGACACGACAUCCAAUACCAUCUCAUGGGCCCUUUACCACAUGGCUCAAGAGCCACACAUCCAGGAGAAGUUGAAUGAAGAGGUGAAUAGCGUUUGCCCUGGGGACAAAGUGCCUGACAGCAGUGAUUUUGCUAAGAUGCCCUGGCUUAAGGCCAUUGUGAAGGAAACUUUGAGGAUGUACCCAGUGGUCCCAGGAAAUGCACGAAUCACUGUAGACGAUGAAAUAGUGGUCGGCGAUUACAUCUUUCCAAAAAACACACUGUUCCACUUGUGCCACUACGCAGUGUCCUAUGAUGAACAACACUUCCCACAGCCACAGUCCUUCUUGCCCGAGCGUUGGUUUCGUGGCCAAGAGAAGUUCAAGCAGCACCCCUUUGGCUCUGUGCCAUUUGGCUAUGGGGUCCGUGCUUGCUUGGGCAAGAGGGUGGCUGAACUGGAGAUGUACCUCAUGCUGUCCAGGUUUAUAAAAUGCUACGAAGUGCGCCCUGAUCCAUCUGGAACUAAAGUGGAACCACUCACCAGAACAUUGCUAGCUCCAGCCACACCCAUCAAUCUGCAGUUUGUGGAAAGGAAAGCUUCCUAAGACUAGAUGGCUGCAGCCGAAGCCAAGACGUUCUCAUUGUGCCAGUGCUAAUUUUGUGUAGCUACCGUCCAGACAGAUUCACAUUUUGUGUGUUAACUCUUAUUUUACUGUAAAACAAGGCAUUACACCAACAACCACUAGGAUCCAGUCUAUUGAAGAACUUAUAGACUCAUUAAUGGAUAUAAAUUUGCAGCUAAUUUUACUAUUACCCUGACCUUUUGGGGUAGUGUGUUUAGGUUUUUUCCUGCUGGAAUCCUUUGUUUUUUUUUUUUUUUUUUUUUGCUGCUCAACCUUUUAUAUAUAUUCAAAACCACAUAGUUUUAAUCGGUUUUGCUGGAUAGUACACAAACAUUUCAAACUGUUUGAGAUCCCAGUUGAACUGAGGUUGAAAUACUGAUGACAUGUACUGUCCGUAUUCAGAAUGUUUUUCUUCUGUUUAUCUGAAAUUGGCACUGAAGAGACCAAUGGCCAUUUUAAAGAACAAGCUCUUUAAUGAAAAUUUAGGAUUUUUUAAAAAAUUUUUUUAAUUAUUGUACAGAUUUCCCACUAAUGGAGGUUUUACACCAUUAGCUGGAAUCUGGUCAAUGUCUGUGUUGGAGGAGGCUUCACUGGGGGAAACCAGUGGGGCCAGUUCUAUUAGUCCAAGGGUGGCCGAGGCAUGUGCAGAGAGUAUGCAGAGCUCUCCAUCAUAUACCCAACAUGCGAGCUGCGGUCUAUGAAAGAUGGUAGACCAUUCCACCGAGUGCUCCUGCUUUGAAAUAUUUAGCUACUGAAGUGUAUAAUAAUAUAGCAUUUUACCAGGGAGUCUUUUGUACCGAUUCUGUAAGUUGUAUUACUUUCACACUUAUUACAUGUGAACAAUUUCUAUGGCAAAAGCAAAAACCCACCUUGAGAAGACUCAAGCCCAUUUGCUGACUAUGGCAUGGUCAUAUAUAUCUACAUUUUGUGUGUGUGUGUGUGUUUUCUGAGAAAAUAUGGUUAGCUUUAGGACAAAUCAGAUGAACUUAAGAUGGAAUGUAAAAGGCCUGAAUCAUCCAUUAAUACCUGGGGAAUUCCUAUCCCAUCUCUGACAACCAAGGACAAACAUUUGCUUUCUCCAGGAGAUGUGUGUCAGUAAGUCUGAUCAGCAGCUCCUCCACUAUAGCUGUUAGCCAGGUUUUACAUUUUUUGAGUGCACUGAGGCUGUGCGUGCAUGUGCUUCUCAAGUAACCUGGCUCACUGCAACCUUGCUAUGGACAAG